UUGGGUGCUGCCUCCCUCCCUCCCUCCCUCCCUCCUCUCUGGUCCAGAAUGAGUUGGUCGAGAGGACUGCAGCACCGGUUUACCUGAGCAAGUGCUUCUUUUUACUCCUCUCUCUGCAGGGACUUUUUAUUUUUUUUAUUGCAUUUUAAUUGGGAGGACUCCUGCUUGUGUCCAUUUGAGUGUUUGGCUUUAAGCAGAGAAAACCAAGGUUAUGCAGCCAGGUGUUGCAGUGGGAUCCAUCUCCACCCCGUUGUUUACAUGCUGUAAUUGGAUUUUCCAUCAUUUCCAUCAUUUCCAGCAGCAGCAGCAGCAGCAGCAGCAGUAGAUCAGGGGUUUCCUCCCUCCUCCUCCUCCAACUCCUUCUUCUUCUUCUUCUUCCUCCUCCUCCUGUGUUUGUGGCCGGGUCGUCUGGGUAAAGAAGAUGGGACUACCUGCUCUGGAGUUCAGUGACUGCUACUUUGACAGCCCGCAGUUCAGGGAGAGGCUCAAGUCACACGAGCUGGAGCUGGACAAGACCAACAAGUUCAUCAAGGAGCUGAUCAAAGACGGCAAGGCUCUGAUCCAGGCUUUAAAAAGUCUGUCAACAGCCAAGAGGAAGUUUGCUGAUUCUCUCAACGAGUUCAAAUUCCAGUGUAUUGGAGACGCCGAGACAGAUGAUGAGAUAUGCAUAGCCAAGUCUCUUCAGGAGUUUUCAACAGUCCUACAGAACCUGGAGGAUGAGCGGACACGUAUGAUCGAGAAUGCCAGCGAUGUGCUGAUAAUGCCUCUGGAGAGGUUCAGGAAAGAACAGAUCAGCGCAGCCAAGGAAGCCCGAAAAAAGUAUGACAAAGAGACAGAGAAGUAUUGCGCAGUGCUGGAGAAACACCUCAGCCUCUCAGCAAGAAAGAAGGAGUCCCAUCUACAGGAGGCCGACAACCAGGUCGAUAAUGUACGGCAGCAUUUCUACGAGGUCUCUCUGGAGUACGUCUUCAAGGUGCAGGAGGUCCAAGAGAGGAAGAUGUUUGACUUUGUGGAGCCCCUGUUGGCGUUCCUUCAAGGCCUAUUCACCUACUAUCACCACGGCUAUGAGCUGGCAAAGGACUUCAACCACUUCAAGACUGAUCUCACCAUCAGCAUACAGAAUACGAGGAACCGUUUUGAAAGCACGCGGUCGGAGGUGGAGAUUCUGAUGAGGAAGAUGAAGGAGAAUCCACAUGAACACAAGAGUGUCAGCCAGCACAUCAUGGAGGGAUACCUGUUUGUGCAGGAGAAGCGCUCAUUUGUGUCUACCUGGGUGAAGUACUACUGUACCUACCAUCGUGAGCCCAAGAGGGUCACCAUGGUCCUGUUUGACCCUAAAUCAGGAGGGAAAACGGGAGAGGAGGAGAGCUUCACCCUCAGGUCUUGCACCAGGAGGAAGACAGACUCAAUAGAAAAGCGGUUCUGUUUUGAUGUGGAGGCUGUGGACAGGGCUGGAGUGAUCACCAUGCAGGCUCUGUCAGAAGAAGACCGCAGGUUAUGGAUGGAGGCCAUGGAUGGGAGAGAACCGGUAUACAAUCUGAACAGAGACAACCAGGCUGAAGGCAUGGCCCAGCUGGAUGUGAUUGGGUUCAACGUGAUGAAAAAGUUUAUUCAUGCAGUGGAGACUCGAGGUAUCGACGAUCAGGGCUUGUACAGAAUUGUUGGCGUCAGCUCCAGAGUACAAAAACUACUAAGUCUCGCUAUGGAUCCUAAGACAACUGCUGACGUGGAGCUGGAAAACUCAGAGUGGGAGAUCAAAACUAUCACGAGUGCUAUCAAGCACUAUCUCAGAGUGCUUCCAGGACCUCUGAUGACGUACCAGUACCAGAGGAGCUUCAUCAAAGCUGCCAAGUUGGACAACCAGGAGGCUAGGGUGACAGAGAUCCAUGCCCUUGUGCACCGUCUGCCUGAGAAGAACAGACAGAUGCUGGAGCUGAUGAUGAAACACCUGGCCACUGUGGCAAAUCAUCACCAUCAGAACCUGAUGACUGUCGCCAAUCUGGGUGUGGUCUUCGGGCCAACUCUGCUCCGCCCCCAGGAGGAGACGGUGGCAGCCAUCAUGGACAUCAAGUUCCAAAACAUUGUGGUAGAGAUCCUCAUAGAGCACCAUGAGAAGAUAUUCAGAGACGUGCCGAUUUCGGCAGGGGGCCCGACCAACCUGCCGCUCAACGUGUCCAGGAGGAGAAGCACUGAGAUCAAAGCCCCGUCCUGCAGCGAGAGGCCUCUCACAUUGUUCCACACACCAACACAUUCCCAGAAAGGUGAAAAGAAGAACAGUGUUGCCAAUGCCACAGUUGCUGAACUGCAGCAGCCAGUUUCCUCCACUGCCAACUGUAAUAGCAGCAGCAGUAGCAGCAGCAGCAGCCAAGGUCGAACCCCCAGACACAGCCUGACCAGCAACGACGGAGAGCAGGACGCCCGACAGAUCCGGCCCAGCUCACUGCUGAACCCAAAGAGUCGUGGCAGCAUAUCAACCUGUGCAAUGUCUCCGAGCCCCACCUCACCACGCUCUCCCUCCUGGCCGAUGUUCUCAGCACCGUCAAGUCCGCAGCCUACAUCCUCCGCCUCCAGUGACUCCUCCCCUGUCAGUAUUGUAGGAAGGAAGGCUCGAGCACUGUAUGCCUGCAAGGCAGAGCAUAACUCUGAGCUGUCGUUCAUCGCUGGGACCAUCUUUGAAAAUGUUCAUGCCUCCAGGGAGCCCGGUUGGCUGGAAGGGACUCUGGACGGUCGAACGGGAUUGAUACCAGAAAACUAUGUGGAGUUUUUAUAGUUCAGGGCCAAGAAAGACUUGAUGAUUCCGGGCUUGAGUUGACCAAACUGGACUAUAGAUUUGACUGCACAAGACUGAACCAACUAUUAGAUAGUAUAUUAUUAAAGUAUGGACAGUUGUCGAUGAGGCUUCUCGUGUCUUAACUAGACUGGAAAAUGAAACUGGAUCAAGCAGAACCAUAUGGACUGGAUAUGAUGCAGGACCGAAGGAGAGACCCAUGAAUUGCACUGGAAAAAAAAGAAGAAGAAAAUGAUGAGUCCCACUAUGGUUCCAGAUUUUAUUAGGUUAGUGUGGAAGAUUUCCCAAUUGCUGGUGAAAAUGAUGUGGUAAUAAACCUGGAAUGUGUGUGAGAGGAAAGGGUGGGGGUCAAUCACAUGAUGGGGAAAAGUCACAUGUAUAAAUGAGUUGAUAUUUUUGAGAUGCAAGGCUUUCCGCCCUUGGUUUAUUACUUCAAACUGCACUGCCAUUGCUUCAGAACCUCCUCUUUUUAUCAGCCAGAAAUAGAAAAAGCUUCAUGUGGAGAUGAUGACAGGGAACAGGUUAAAUGGCAAGUGGCCUCUAAGUUUGGACUUGCUACGCUGAUUCACCUCCUCACUGUGCGCUGUUAGAAUGAUUGCUAAUCCCAUUGAGGCUGAGCUUUUAAAAGCCGAUUUAAAUGACUGGGUUUUGGUUGUACGGCUUUAAAUGUGUUUGUGAGCGCUUGCUGUGGCGGUCCGGUAAUUCCCCUAGGACAAGACUCAACCUGGCUAAUGUUCCAGAGCUCUAGUUCAGCUGCAGGAGCCCCGGGGCAGGUCAUCACAGGAUGCGGUUGCCCUGAAAACAGUUCGCCAAAAGGACAGCGUUGUGUUUAUCUUUAUUCAUUAUGCCUCUCUCCCUUCAGAUCCCUAACAAACAAUGUGAACAUUUUCAUACAAGCUCCACAAGCAGAUCAGUGGUUUACAAGGCAGUGUAGGAGUAACAACUGAUUCCUGCUGGUUAGAACAAGGCCAGCUGUGAGGUACUCGCACUUCUUCCCUAGCUUUGAUAUUUUUUUUAAAUUGAAAAUAAUUGGAUCCAGUAUCUUAUAAAGUGAUGAGUCAUGUUUUCACCAUUUCAGGAUGUUGUAUUAUUCCCACCACAGAGCACCUGUGAACCAAACAGUUGACGUUGUUUUUGAAACAUUUUUUCAGAAAUACAUAUGAUUGAUCAUAUUUAAACCAUCAUGCAGAUUAAAUCAGUUGCUUCACAGUUGAUUAUUUAAUCUUCAACAGCAUGGAGUAAGCAAACAAACUAAAAUACAAAAAGAAAUGUAAGUCAUGACCCAACAUAAGGGUCUUUUUUUUUUGUAGAAUCGCAAGACAAUGCUUAUAAUGUAAUUCUCUGACAUUGACAUUUGUAACACCCAUGAAUAAGGAAAGGAAAUCCAGAUGUGGUUUGCAGAGAAGCUCAGGCAUUUAAAGAAAAUAGAAAACAUUUUUUCAGAAUUGCUCAUAUGAAUAUACACGCUGGUCUGCUUUGGGGCUCCAAUGCAAGUUUUCAUUUCAUUAAUUGAAGCUGAAAUUUCCCCUUAAACCACUUGGUGAACAUCUGCAUCAAAUAUUUGGGCCAGAGAAUUGAAAGACUGUUUUAGCAUUUCAACAGGAAAAUAAAAUGGGAGGGUAAAAAAAAAAAACUUAAAUGUGAAAUGAGACUACUUUGUUCAUAUCUGAACUUCUUAUUUAUGAGAGUUUCUUAAAGACUCAAUCUUGAACUGUAUUCAUUUUGAGGUGUUUGUUGUCAUUGUAAAUACAUACACAGCAUUUGAUAAGGUAAAAUGUUUGUUUUUAAUUAUGAAAUUUUAUAUUUUGUAUUUUUAGCAUACUAAAUUAAUUUCUUAAUUUUGUCUUUGUUGCCCAGAUUUUUGUAUCAUUUAAGUCUAUCUAAAGCCUUAAAUAUUCUUUCAGAUGUUUUGGUGAAUUGACAAGAUUGUGAAGAAUAAAGAGUAAUGUUC